AUGUAUCACUGUGAUAUAACUUGGAUCACCCCCGAACGACCCUCGGAAAACCAGCAAAAACUUGAACACGGACCACAAUUCCUGCAUCAACAGCGACAAUCACGAGAACAAGAGGCCGUCUCCGCAGACACGAGAACGCAUAGCCACCGGCCUGCGCAGCAUCAGCAACAGCAUAAACAACGCAAUCAUCAGCUCAGCUUCGUGAACUUCCUAGUCUCCAAAAGCCGCGGGCAAGAGCUGAAAGAGACCCGGUUACCGUUUGCCAGAGACUUUCUGGCAUCACAUCAUCGGGACGGCAACAACAUUGCUAGCGAACACACGAGCGGCCAGCUGAGGUCGAUUUCGCUUCCAGAGGUUCUCGCACCUAAUCAGCAAAGUCUGUUAUCGUCUCUCCCGACCGCAUCGUCGGUAUCACAAUCUUCCCAAGUCGGCACUAGCAGCGCCACGCCGACACGACCCUGCGUAUCAUCAUCACGUCGCCCCUUUGGGUAG